CAAUCUUCUGCGAAAGCAUCCCCACAGUCUGGACCUGCGUGGAUCCUUCUGCACACAGCUCAACAACCAUGUCAGAAUCGACGACAGGCACGGGUGUGGUCUACCAGGACCUGCAUCCCAUCAAUCACCCUGCCGUGCAGAAUGACACGCACGAGCCGUACAAGAGGCGCGCGACGACGGCUACGGAAGCAGCCCAGAAUUUCAGCGAAGAAGCCACGGCCAGCCAUGCGCUCGCUCAAGCCGACCAGGAGGUCAAGGGAGUCGCGCAGCUCGCUCACGGCGCCGAGGUCAAGGAUCUAGGCUGGAAUGAACCACCCUCCAAGAUUCCUGCUCCACUGGUCGGCGGCUUGAACAACGAAGAGCUCUGGGUGCUGGUCCGUCGCUUUAACAAGCAAAUGUACCACGUCAAGGAGUAUCCGUACCCCGUACCAGGCAACCUCGACCUGAACAUCGCCGACGAAGACGAAUUCUCGCCCGACAAGCUACGCGCUACCAUCGAACGCUUGUACAUGACCGUCGGCCUGGGCUUGAUAGGCUUCAUCAAGCACAUUGGGCGCCUCAGAUCAUGGCGCGAACGCAACCGUACCGCCUACUUCUGCGCCGCCUACUUCGUCGCCUGGCUGUUCGACAUGCUCGUUCCGCUCUUUACCGUCACCCUCGUCAUCCUCAUCGUCUACCCACCCUCGCGGGAUGUCAUGUUUCCCCCUGCGCCCCUGGCCCUCGUCGAUGCUAAGACUGGCGGCGUGCAAAAGCCAAAGGCCGGCGUGCUAGGCAGUACAGACACGGCUACUGGAGCCCCAGAACAAUACAAAGGCGAGGCAGCUGAAGCCGAAGCCAGCAACUUUGUCAACGGCAUCGCCUCUGUCGCUCUUGCUAGCGCCAGUGGGAAACACCCCCAGACUGAGCCUCCACCAGGCCAGGGAGGCCUGGCCGAUAGCAUCCCAGACCCGACUGCCAUUGCAAUGGGUGCAAGCUCUGCAAAGACAUCGGCGGAAGGCAAGGCGGUCGCUCCGGCACACGACAAGACCAAGGUGCCCAUGGAGACAGCCAUGUGGAGCAAGAUGAGACCCAUCAUGCACGGCCUCGCCGAUGUGGCCGACACGUGGGAACGUUUCGCCAACGCCCUGUCUCCUACGCCGCCCUUCCCUCAUGAUCUCUACCGUUUGCGCCUUGCCGCCGUCGUCGUUCCCCUCAUCGCUGUCUCGUUGUUGACCUCUGCCUACAUGUUCACCAAGGGUGCCAUGUUCGGCGUCGGCUUCGGCUUCUUUGGCGACCCCGUCAUCCAACCUGGUCUUAGAUGGCUCAAUCGCACCUUUCCCCAUUGGCAGAAAUUGCUCGAGAUCCGCAACACUCUACUCAAGGGCGUCCCGACCAAUGCACAACUCACCGUCACCUUGCUUCGCAUCGGUGAGGCAAACAAGGCCCCUCUACCUCCCCCGCCCCACAGCAAGGAGCCCCCACCGGACCAGCCAGUUGAGAUCACCGAAGAGCACUUGCGUGCGACUGGUGCCGACUGGCCGCUGAACGCGACUCAAGAAGAGCUGGACGCCGCCAUGGCACAUGACCCUACCACCGCUCACCAGACUGCUGGUGCUGACAUCGACCACAGCAAAGACAGCAAGCAUGGCAAAAAGGGCCACAAGCUCAUCUCAUUCUUCAAGAGCACUGUCAAAGGAACUGUUGAAACCACUCUCGGUGCCGACAGACUCAAGGCAAAGGCAGGAAGUGAACAAUCCAAGCAACGUCUUGGUGCUGUUCCCAAGUCGAAGGACUACAACAUCGAUGGUCCCGUCGACUUUGCUUGCAGAUUCCACGGCAAGAAGGGUCACACUGUCAUAUCUACCAGAACGGCCGUUCCCACCGUCUCCUUCACCCUGGACAAAAAGGUUGCCGACGAAGGUUCUCUCGGACGUGAAGAAGAGCUGCAUCCCAUCUGGACUGUGCCCAUCGAUGACAUCAAGGAGCUGAAGAAGGUCGGUGGGCUCGGGUGGAAAGCUAAAUUGGUGGUCGGCUGGGCACUCGACCGCGAAGUCGCUGAUGGAAUGGAGAUUGUGAGCAAGACUGGGGAGGUCUUUACUAUUACCGCUAUGGCAUUGAGGGAUGAGUUGUUCAACCGUCUGAUUGCGAUGGGUGGUCAGAAGUGGGAAGCAUGGUAAGCGAGACCUUGACGGGCCAGGCGAAAUGACGUGAUUCGUGUCUGUUGAGGUACCGAGAACCACGACACAAUAAUGACAUAUAUCAUGAAGAAUCGAUUGAUGCACUUUGCACAGUACUAUCCCACGGUGAGCAUUGAGUGAAGUUGCGAUGGGCUUGUAGACCAUGACGGUCGGCUGAUGUCCAGAUGAAAAGUAGAGGGCUU